GUCAUUUGCAGGACUCUUUCCUUUGUCAUAAUGAACUACAGAAAUAUCUCCUCAACUGAUCAAAGUUUUCAGGCUGGAUAUGACACAAUAAACUCAAGUAAUUAUUUUUCAAUUCCUGUGCCUGAUGAAAAUAAACUCUCCAACUCCAGCAAUGUCAAUGUGACGGGACGAUGGGUAUUCCGUGUUGAUGGCGGGCCUGAGGAGGGAAUAUUCUACCCAUAUGGAGAUGUAGAGGAUGAGAAAAACCCACAGUCGGAUGAUGGAAGUUCUCCACUGAUCCCCUUGCUGCAGCCAUUUGUGUACUUUGGCCGUGUAUAUGACAAAAUAUUUGUGAAUAAUAAUGGAGACCUGACCUUUGAUGAGCCACUCUACCAAUAUUAUCCCUAUUAUUUUCCUGCAUACUCAACUAGAGACAUCAUCGCUCCACUGUGGACAGACAUUUAUAAUAGUGGAGGAGGAACCAUCUCUUCCCGACAAGUAUCAGAUGGUCCUCUCUUGAAUCGGGCUUCAAGAGACAUAAACCAAUAUUUUCCCAACUUGAACUUCUCUGCCUCGUGGGUUUUUAUUGCUACAUGGGAUAAAGUACCGUAUUAUGGAAACAGUGAAUCAGAGUCGACCUUCCAAGUGGUUUUGGUGUCUGGAAAAAACCUGUCAUUUACACUCAUGCAUUAUGAUUACAUUACCCCCACCUAUGCUGUAGAGUCCGGCUAUGACACAAUUUACUCUACUAAUUUCUUUUCAAUUCCUGUUUCUGACAUCACAAACCUGCUAUACACAAGCAAUGUCGACGUCAUGGGUAGAUGGGUAUUUCGUGUCGACAAUUCAUCAGAAAGAAAUGGAUUUUGUGACAGAACUAACCUUCAAGCCUCAGAUAAUCUUCCCAGCGCUCAGGUGUGUGGAAGAACCACAUUUACCACCAGCAGCAGGAUAGUAGGAGGUCAGAACGCUUCAGCUGGACGCUGGCCGUGGCAGGCUAGCCUUCUUCUGUACGGCAAUCACUUCUGUGGAGGUUCUCUCAUCAACAAAGAGUGGGUGCUGACUGCUGCCCAUUGUGUUGAGGGCUAUCCCACCUUUUCUUUAAUGGUGGUUUUGGGGCAACAGACCCAGGAAGGCUUCAACCCUAACGUAGUGUACAGAAAUGUCAGGACAGUCAUCAAACAUCCCAGUUACAACUAUCUUAAAAAUGACAAUGAUAUCGCUCUGCUCAAAUUGAGCUCUCCUGUCACCUUCACUGAUUACAUCAGCCCCGUGUGUCUAGCAGCUGAUGGCAGUGUGUUUAACAGCGGCACAGAGAGCUGGAUCACUGGAUGGGGAAACAUUAAUGAAGAAGUGUCCCUCCCGUCCCCUAAUGUUCUACAGGAAGUGGAGGUUCCUGUAAUUGGUAACAGACAGUGCAACUGCCUCUAUGGAGUUGGAAAUAUAACAGACAACAUGAUCUGUGCUGGUCUACUGGAGGGAGGCAAGGACUCAUGUCAGGGAGAUUCAGGAGGUCCGAUGGUGAGCAGGCAGAGCUCUGUAUGGGUCCAGUCUGGUAUCGUUAGCUUUGGGAUUGGCUGUGCUCGACCUGAAUAUCCCGGUGUUUACACCAGAGUAUCCCGCUAUCAGGAAUGGAUCACCUCCUUCAUGUGCAGCGAUCCUCCAGGUUUUGUGCAGUUUACCUCCACUGGAGAUGAUUCUGACAACAGUUACACCUGUCCGGGUCUUCCUCCUCCUCUUCCUCUUUCCUCAUCAAUAAAUACAGAACCUAAAAUUCCAUCUUCUGCAACAUCUCUUCCACAAAUGUUUUUGCUAUUAUAUUUUCUUUUGCUUAUAGCAAUACUUUUCUUUUGUUGUAUGUAAAGAUACACUACUAAAGAUAAAUUCAAAAGUUUAGGGUCAGUAAUCUUUUUUUCAAAGAAAUAAUUUUAUUUAGCAAGAAUGCAUCAAAACUGACAGUAAAGACAGUUAUAAUGUUACAAAAAAAAAUCUAAUUAAAAAAAAUGCUGUUCUUUACUUCUUUCUAUUCAUCAAAGAAUGACUGCUGAAAAUUCAGCUGUGCAUCACAGGAAUAAAUUACAUUUUAAAACAUAUUACAAAAGAAAUCAGUUAUUUUAAAUUGUAAUAAUAAACAAUGCUGCUGUUUUUACUGCAUUUUUGAUUAAAUAAAAACGUUAAAAAUAAUAUUGACCCCAAAAUUUGAACUGUAGUGUACAAAAAUAGACAACGAUGUGAUGCUAACAUAAGUGGGGUUUGUGCUUAGUCAAUUACACUGAUGUAAAGAGUCUUGAUCUUGCAAUAUUUAGUUGUUUUCUUGAAUAAUUUUACAUAAUUUUAAUUAUUCACUGACUUUUAAAUAGUCCCGUCCCCCCCCCCAUAUCCUGCAUUCUUUUUCUAUACAUUUGGAAAUAAUAUUUUUACUGUUGAAAUUACUAUAUAGGUGUAUAUAGGUAUAUAGGUGCAUUUUGUGUUUCACAAAUCACAAAAAAAAUUUUACUGGAUAUUGAUGUAGCAACAUAAUUUGUCACAAUCAGUUGCGUAAUCUGUUGAUGUUUUAUAUGUCUUUACACCUUCUGAUUUAACUUUUUUUCCAAAGGAAAUAGUAAAAAGUACUUUCCGCAUACAGUAUGACUUCACAUAUGGACAGUAGGAUCAAUAGCAUUUCAGCUGAUUAAGUGUUUCUAUUUUAAAUAAAUUAUUGUUAUCUUUAUCUUCUGUCUAUAUCCUUUCAUUGGGUGUAAAUAUUAAAUACAAUUUGUAAUACAUUUACAACACGUUUUAAAGGAU